AUGCAGGGGAAAGUAUGUUACAUGAAGCUGAAGGGAAGUCAAAACUUGAGACUCCGUCUUUUAGUAGCGACCCUUUCAUCCAAAUCGAUUAUUAUUGAGGAUAUACGUGCUGAUUCUACUUGGCUUGGUCUUCGUCCACUUGAGGUAUCUUUUCUCCGUCUGCUUGAAAAAGUUUGUGAUGAUUGUGUUGUUGAAAUCAAUGAAACUGGCACAAAGUUGAAGUACAAACCAGGAAUUAUAAUGGGAGGAAGACAUUUAGUUCAUGAUUGUGGUCUCAAUCGCUCAAUUGCUUACUUUUUAGAACCGUUGAUUCUGUUCGGUUUGUUUGGAAAGAAACCACUCACCAUUAGGCUUAAAGGGAUCACAAAUGAUGCAAAGGACCCAUUUAUUGAUACAUUUUGAUCAACUACGAAACAGUUUGGAGUCCCUGCAGAAGGAUUGGAACUGAAAAUUGAGAGUCGUGGAGUUGCCCCCAAAGGUGGUGGAGAAGUAGUUCUUUCAGUCCCUAUGGUCCCGAAUAGUUUAACGGCUACUAAAUGGGUUGACAAAGGUCUGGUGAAGAGAAUUAGAGGUGUUUCCUUUUCAACUAGGGUCUCUGUUCAGUUUGAGAAUACCAUGAUACACGCAGCUCGUGAAAUCUUGAAUCCGUUGCUUGCAGAUGUUCACAUAUUUACAGAUCAUAAAGCUGGAGCACAAGCCGGAAUGUCACCUGGCUAUGGAAUUUCUCUAGUGGCAGAGACUACAUCUGGUGAUACCACAGUUUCUUAUGCAAGAGGAGAAGAUGAUGCUGACCUAGAGGAUGAUAGGAAAGCUCUGAUCCCUGCUGAGGAAGUUGGUGAGCAAAUUGCUUCUGCACUACUUGGGGAAAUAAAACAGGGGGGAGUAGUUGAUUCAACACAUCAGGGACUGUUGUUUCUCCUAUGUGCGUUGUGUCAGAAAGAUGUUUCAGAAGUUCGUGUUGGGAAGUUGUCACCAUAUGGAAUAGAAGCAUUAAGGCACAUCAGAGACUUUUUGGGUGUCAAGUUUGUCAUGAAACCUGAUGCCUCCACAGGAACUGUCAAUCUCAUGUGUCUUGGCUCUGGAUUUCAGAAUUUAUCCCGGAAAGUAUCAUGAUAAUAAAAAAUUGGGCAUAUCAUUUGGUGGUUGAUUUUAUAUAGGGAAACAUGUGAUUUUCUGGCUUGACAUACAUCAAUGGAGGUGGGGUUUGGAGUAAAAUCAAAAGUGUCACGUGGUCGUUAGUUGUAACCAGAGUUAUUCAUUCAUGUAUUAAAACUAGCAUACUCAAUAUUAUGUUUGGUAGCUUUGUAGUUGUUCUCUAUAAAAAAAAAAGUUCAGCAUAAAUUAUUUGGACAAAAUGCC